AAAGAAGAAGAAGCACACCCUCGGCCAAUCAGAAUGAAGGACUUGUGACAGCAAGUUGAUAGUUUGUAAAUGUAGCACGUCAGUGUUCAUUCCUAUGAUUAAUAUUAUGUGAUUUCGGUGCAUCUAAUAAGGUGAGCAGCAUGAGGACUCUGCUGAGGCUGAAACGGCUAAUGCCAGAAGUGCAGUGGAUUAUGUGGCAAAACAGAUCCUGCUCAGAUUCUUCCAUCCGGAGUCUGGAAUCAAACACAUCCAUCCUUAAACAUCUUACCUCCAAAAUUACUGCCACGGGUCCAAUUUCAGUAGCUGAGUACAUGAGGGAGGCACUCACCAAUCCAGUAGGGGGAUAUUACGUUAAAAAAGAUGACAUGCUUGGAGCAGGUGGUGAUUUUAUUACGUCACCAGAGAUCAGUCAGAUUUUUGGUGAGCUGUUGGGCGUCUGGUGUAUCAGUGAGUGGAUGGCGGCUGGGAAAUCCAGCAUCUUCCAGUUAGUAGAGCUCGGACCAGGAAGAGGUUCUUUGGCCAGUGACAUCCUGAGGGUCUUCAGUCAGUUAAAAGCCGUCCUGGGUGAGACGGAUAUAUCUGUUCAUCUUGUUGAGGUCAGCCCAAAGCUGGGCCAAUUUCAGGCCGAAUGUCUAACUGGAGAUAAGACGCAGACGUGUAAUGAUGAUCAGCCUGCUUACCGCAGUGGCACCACACGUACAGGCCUGCCUAUAUACUGGUACCGCAGGAUAGAGGACGUUCCAAGAGGUUUUAGUGUCUUCCUUGCCCAUGAGUUUUUUGAUGCUUUGCCCAUUCACAAGUUUCAGAGAACAGAGAAGGGCUGGCGGGAGGUGAUGGUUGAUAUUGAUCCUGAAAGUCCAGAAAAACUGAGAUUUGUGGUUUCUCACAGUCCUACACUGGCCUCUGGCAUUCUUCUACAGAAUGAUGAAAGCAGAGAGCAUGUGGAAGUUUGUCCAGAAGGUGGAGUCAUUGUUCAGAAACUGGCCAGUCGGAUUGCAGAGGACGGAGGCGCAGCCUUGAUUGUAGACUAUGGACAUGAUGGAACAAAAACUGAUACAUUAAAGAGUAAUUUAUUUUUGUGGCAGGGCUUUAAAGGCCAUCAACUCCACAAUGUCUUGGAGGCACCUGGCAUGGCAGACCUGACAGCAGAUGUUGACUUCAGUUACUUGAGGAAAAUGACAGGAAAUGAGGUGACCUGCUUGGGACCCAUCACACAAAGAUCCUUCCUAAAGAACAUGGGCAUUGACUCGCGCUUGCAGGUCCUCCUGAGGAGCUGUCAUGACUCCUCCACCAGAGCGCAGUUACUCCAUAGCUAUGACAUGCUAAUUAACCCUGAGAAAAUGGGACACAGAUUUCAGUUUUUCUCUGUGCUUAAUCGAGGUCGGCUGGCUCAAUAUAAAGGAAUGCAAAAGAGCACAGCACCAUUGCCAGUGGCAGGCUUUGCUGAGCUGAAUGUGGAGUAAAAAGACUGUAAAGGACAUCAUUUAGCAGCAUCAACAUGUUUCGAAUAACUAGACAACCAGAUGUAAUCUUGUGCUACAGAUGUGCAUUGGACUGUGCUGAUUGUCUGGUUUGGGUGAAAUAUAUAUUUUAUUGUU